AUGCCGACUGCUGACUGUCGACUGGAGAGAAAGAGCUCGUCCUUCUCUGGUCAAUAUGCAACCGGUCAACUCUGGCGGUACAAUCUCGCUGAGGAUGCUGGUCAACUUCCAUGGAACUCCAACGUCCCCUUCAUCGCAGAAGCAGCCGUUAACGGGAGUGUCAAAGGUGGUUGGGAAGCGCUACCCGAGAUCCAAGGGAUGGAUUUCAACCGAACUUUCGCUGUUGCUCCGGGUGCUGUCAUGCCUUUCUAUCAGACUCGAGCUUACGAUGCGAGCAAGGUGAAAGGCGCGAUCAUGGUCAUGCCUGGUAAACCUAGGGACUGCUGGAAGUAUACCUCGCUCGUCCAAAACGCACUUGACGUUUACACCACCAACCCGCAGAGUGUGAGCAGUAACCCAGAUGGUUCCGCCAGCAACGGUGCUAGGACCAGCGCAGAUCAAGUGUUGAUCAUGGGUCCAUGUUGGAUGAACGCAGACGAUCAUCAAGCCGGAGCUAUCCUCCAAGGUGAACUCUACUGGCUCCGAACGCAGUGGCAAUCCGGAAUGGCCUCUCGUGGUCCCGGUGACACUCGAAUCUCAUCCUCCCAACUCAUGGAUGCUUUCAUAGACACGCUUUUCGACAAGAUCCAAUUCCCUUCGCUCGAGACUGUUGUGAUGGCAGGUCACUCAUUUGGAGCACAAAUGGCUCAACGCUAA